GAUUAGUCUCUUUUGAAGGUUUAGUGAAAAAAUAUUUUCUGAUCAUUUUAGUAUACCAACAGAAGGGGUUGCUAAAUUUAGUAUUUUAUGAAGUGGGCAUGUGUUAGAAUAUGUUGUUAUUGAUUAAAAAUAAGUUAUUCUCGAAAACUUAGUGAAAUAGUGUAUCUUUUUUUCUUGAUCAUUUGAGCAUAUCAACAAAAGGGGUUGCUAAAUUUAGUAUUUUGUGUAGUGGGUAUGUGUUAAAAGUUGUGGGUUUUGGUUACAUAAUUUAUUUAUUUUUUUGAGAGUUUUUAGAAAAAAAAAUAUUGUGGCUUUUUUGUUUCUUGGAAGGUGGUUCUAUAGUGAGAUAACAUGGCAAUGUCCUGCAAAGAUUCUAAAGGGGUGAUGAUGGAGAAUGGGAAAUAUGUUAGAUAUACACCUGAGCAGGUUGAAGCACUUGAAAGAGUCUAUCAUGAAUGUCCAAAACCGAGUUCGGUUCGUCGUCAACAGCUUAUUCGUGAAUGCCCUAUUUUGUCCAACAUUGAGCCUAAACAAAUCAAAGUUUGGUUUCAAAAUAGAAGAUGUAGAGAAAAACAGAGGAAAGAAGCUUCACGUCUUCAAACUGUGAAUCGAAAGCUGACAGCUAUGAACAAACUUUUAAUGGAAGAAAAUGAUAGAUUGCAGAAGCAAGUGUCACACCUUGUGUAUGAGAAUGGUUGUUUUCGGCAACAUACUCAAAACACUGCACUUGCUACUAAAGACACUAGUUGUGAGUCGGUUGUGACGAAUGGUCAACAUCGAUUGACUUCUCAGAACCCCCCACGGGAUGCUAGUCCUGCAGGACUUUUGUCCAUCGCAGAAGAAACUUUAACAGAGUUUCUUUCGAAGGCUACUGGAACUGCUAUUGAGUGGGUCCAGAUGCCCGGAAUGAAGCCUGGUCCGGAUUCCAUUGGAAUCGUUGCUAUUUCUCAUGGUUGCACUGGCGUGGCAGCACGAGCAUGCGGUUUGGUUGCUCUCGACCCUUCAAGGGUUGUGGAAAUCCUUAAGGAUCGCACCUCGUGGUUUCGUGACUGCCGAGCUGUUGAGAUCCUCAAUGUGCUACCUACUGCCAAUGGUGGAACCAUCGAGAUUCUAUACAUGCAGCUGUAUGCUCCUACAACUUUGGCUACGGCUCGUGACUUUUUGUUGUUACGCUAUACUUCUGUUACGGAAGACGGCAGUUUAGUGGUUUGUGAAAGAUCACUAACCAAUAUACAAAAUGGUCCGAGCAUACCGUCAGUUCCAAACUUUGUGCGAGCUGAAAUGCUGCCUAGUGGGUACCUGAUUCGACCCUGUGAAGGAGGUGGUUCGAUUAUUCAUAUUGUGGAUCACAUGAAUUUAGAGGCGUGGAGUGUACCUGAAGUCUUGCGCCCAUUGUAUGAAUCAUCAACCGUGCUUGCUCAAAAAACGACAAUGAUGGCAUUACGCCAGCUGAGACAAAUAGCUCUUGAGGUAUCACAGUCAGGUGCCCCUAAUAAUUGGGGCCGAAGACCCGCAGCAUUGAGGGCACUUAGUCAGAGGUUGAGCCGGGGAUUUAAUGAGGCCCUUAACGGUUUUACUGAUGAGGGUUGGUCUUUAAUGGCAAAUGAUGGGGUGGAUGAUGUCACCAUUCUUGUGAAUUCUUCUCCUGAAAAGAUUAUGGGAUUGAAUUUACCUUUUGCGAGCGGAUACCCAUCAGUUAACAAUGUUGUCUUGUGUGCAAAAGCAUCGAUGCUCUUACAGAAUGUUCCUCCUGCUCUCCUACUUAGGUUUUUGAGAGAGCACCGCUCAGAAUGGGCAGACGACAAUAUCAAUGCAUAUUCAGCAUCAGCGGUUAAACUGGGUCCCUGUAGCUUACCAGGGGCCCGGGUUGGUAAUUUUGGGGGUCAAGUCAUUCUUCCCCUUGCUCAUACGAUCGAGCAUGAAGAGUUGUUGGAGGUUAUUAAGAUGGAGGGCAUUGGGAACUGUCCUGAAGAUGCGUUAAUUCCAAGAGACAUGUUUCUCUUGCAACUAUGCAAUGGAAUGGACGAGAACGCGGCUGGCAUGAGUGCAGAACUCAUAUUUGCUCCCAUUGAUGCCUCUUUUGUUGAUGAUGCACCUCUUUUACCUUCCGGUUUCCGUAUAAUUCCUUUGGACCCAACAAAGGAUGGUUCAAGUCCCAAUCGCACCCUUGAUCUAGCCUCCGCGCUUGAAAUUGGAGGGUCAGGGAAUAAAGUUUCAAGUGACCGUAAUGUUGCUAGUAGCACUGCAAGAUCCCUGAUGACAUUAGCAUUUGAAUUUGCAUGCGAAAGUCACAUGCAAGAUACCGUUGCUGUAAUUGCCCGCCAAUAUGUUCGCACCAUUAUCUCAUCAGUUCAGAGGGUGGCAUCAGCACUAUCUCCUAAUAUGAAUCUAAGUGGAGGUCUUCUGGCACCAUUAGGGACCCCAGAAGCACAUAUUCUAGCUCGAUGGAUUUCCCACAGCUACAGUUGUUACUUGGGUGCGGAGCUGUUUAAGUCGGGAGGUGAACGAAGUGAAAACGUUCUAAAAUCGCUAUGGAGUCACUCGGAUGCCAUCAUGUGCUGCUCUAUUAAGGCAUUGCCUGUAUUCACUUUUGCCAACCAAGCUGGGCUAGAUAUGCUCGAGACGACGCUAGUUGCACUUCAAGACAUUAGUUUUGAAAAAAUUCUUGAUGAGCAUGGACGGAAAGGUCUUCUUACAGAAUUUGCACAAAUAAUGCAACAGGGGUUUGCGUGCCUUGAAGGCGGAGUGUGUUCAUCGAGUAUGGGGAGACCAGUUUCUUAUGAGAGAGCAGUGGCGUGGAAAGUAUUGAACGAGGAAGAAAACGCUCACUGCGUCUGCUUUAUGUUUAUCAACUGGUCGUUUGUUUAACGGAUAGUAAGUAUUUUGAUUAAAGACUCUUGUAGCGUGCUAUGUUGAUCGACGAUGUUUCUGGAUGUAUUCUUGUGGUUUCCUACUGUUUUGAACAUAGCAACCGCUAUUUUGUUCGUACUUUUAACUUAUUACUUAAUUAUGUAUGACAUUGUAUUGUAUUAUGACAUUUUGUGUUUUUAUGUCUUUUAGCUAUAUGUCUCAGUUUAAAACAUGCCGUUAGUUGUUUAUUAUAUUGAUCAAGCUUAUAUCCUGUCAUAAACACGACCUGUUAUUUACUUGUAUUAUCAACAAAAACUUUAUAUUAAAUGAGAAUAUUAAAGGAAA